CGAAAUUGCCGCGUCCUCAGAGCUUUUGCUGACGCCCGUUGUUGUAUCACGUAGCAAGCAGGAACGUGUACUGAUCGAGCCAUCAAUCAAUUCUGUACGCAUUAGCAUUGCCGUGAAGCAGGCGGACGAAAUUGAAAAAAUUUUGACGCACAAAUUCACACGAUUUAUGUGCCAGCGCGCCGACAAUUUUAUCAUUCUUAGAAGUGAUAUGAAAUUGGCUUUGAAUGCACGUGCACGAGUCUCUGCCGAAGAAUUCCUCAAACGAUUCAACUGACC